UGCCAUUACUUUCGCCGGGGUCUGUAUCGGGUGCAGGAUAUCAGGCGGUAUCAAACGCGAUCUAUCAAAUUCAGCAUGAUCCAUUGUAUCAACUCUUUAAACCCAUCAACAGAUUACCAGACGUUGGCCGACUUUAUGAUAUCGAAGUAUAG